AAAAUAACAUAGUUGGAUAAAAAGGGAUGGUGCAAUAAUGCAGACAAAUACUUAUAGUUUGAAACUUUCCACAUCAGACAAGAAGGGAAAAAAGACAAAGCCUCCCUUCCUAAAUCUGGAUCAACAUGGGACACUGCUUCAAAUAUCAGUUUCCAGCAAUCAACGAAGAAGCUGUAUCAAACAAGCUUAAACUGGGAACUUCAAGCAUUUCCAAGAUUAUUUCGAGCCAUUUUGUGUCACCUGCUUCGGCCUUCUUUGUAACAGAAAGAUUCAUGGGUUUCCCACAAGGGGAUCAGGAGACUGAUGUUAUAUCUUCAUGUUCCAAAUCAUCAUUAUAUUCUAAUCCAGUUACUCCAUCAGAUCAACACUCAAAAUUUUCUUCCCAAGUACUUGAAAGACAAAAUCUUCAAUCCAUCAGUUGUCUUCAAUCAGUGCCUGAAUUUGAACAUGAAGAUGAUAGUCAAAAUCUGAUAGCUUCUGUAAAAUCAUCUCAAAUAGCUUCUGUAAAAUCAUCUCAAACUUUGGAAAUGAAUAAACACUACACCCCUCUGCUGAAUUCAACAGAUGAAGAUGCUGCAAUGAACCAAACGCAACAGUAUGUCAGCUUCGAGGAAUAUCAGAACCGUCGAUUUAAGAGGACAAGCUCCUGGAUUCACUCACUGAAGCAGCCUCAAGAUACUCCUCUUGGGGUCAUCCCUAUUAAUCAAAGAAAUUCUAUUCAAUCACGAGCAAUGAUUUCGAAUACUAAAACAAGAAUAAGAUGGAAUCAAGAGCUUCAUAAGCGAUUUGUCGAGUGUGUAAAUCAUCUUGGAGGUGCUGAAAAGGCAACUCCAAAGGCAAUCCUUAAGCUGAUGAACACCAAUGGAUUGACCAUCUUCCAUGUCAAAAGUCACUUGCAGGUUUUGUGA